AUGGGUCACUGGUUUACACACUACCCCACCCAUUUCCUCAACACGUCCUACCUACGCUAUGUCAGGUGGGUGCUUUCCGACAGCACGACACCCAUCUGCCUUGAAGCUGUAUGCGCUUUAUCAGCCAUUUCAUCAUCACAAGCAAUCCCAUCCACAUCCACUGCAUCCACAACUACCCCAUCAAAUGGGCCAUCCACUCAAGCUUCCAAUCCUGCACCCAAGCCUGAAGCUACUCAGGCUAUGGUAGACUUCUUUGCUUCUGUCAAGGAAGAUCAACCUACCAUGUUCAAUCCUACGAGUAGCAGCCCAACAUCCAACCACUUCCGCCAACCUUUUGGUUUCCCUGGUCAGAUUCAACCGCAGGCUACUGCCUUCCCUCCCCAGUCCUUCCAGUCAGUUCAGCCUAACUCCUUUGGUCAGCAAUCACCAUCCUCUCAACACCAACAUCAACCUUUCUCUACCUUCUUGCAACCACAAGGUGCAGGUUUCUUGCAGUCUCAAGCUACUGGUGCAAACCCAUUUAGACAAAGCAUGAUGCUGCUGCAGGGGACAGGCAUGCCCACUUUUAACUUUGGGGCAACAAAUGCAUUCUCGCCCCAAUUGCAGCCUGCUGGACAAACCAACAUACCAUUCCAGCUUCCUUCCCAGCCUCAGCCAUCACAGGCAUUAUUCACACAGUCCUUGAACGGAUUUGCUAUGCAGCCGCCUUCCACAACUACCCAGUUUGGACAGAUUAAUGGGGUGCAUGCGUCAUUCGACAUCCCUACUCAACCUGCAUCGACUCCCCUCACAACUUUUGGUGCAAUGCAGGCGUCUUCAACCUCGCCGCCAGUAGCACAACCUGUCAAAUCUCACCAGACUGGCUCAUGCAAUCCGUUUGGAGUGCCAACCAUGCCAGCCCCACCAGUGCCAAAGCCACCAACACUGAUGGAGCUGGCCAUGGGUAUCGGAAGCUUGAACAAUAUUCCACCUGCUAAUUUUGCACAACCUCAGACCCAACAGCCACAACAGACAGGAUUUUUUGGACUGCCAGGCACAUUAUGUGAGGACAGCAAAUUUGGGCCUAAUGGUUUUGGAAUACUCAAUCCCCAGAGCACAUCCUCCACCACAACUGCAUUGACUGCAUCAGAUUCUUUGUUUUCUUCCUCCUCACCACUGUCUAUGCAACCUACUGGUGCCACCAUCACCUCUUCCACUCCUUCUAUGUCGCCUUUAGGUGGCCAGCUAAAGCCCCAAAUUACCGGCUUCAGUGGUAUCAAGCCAUUUAAACCGAUGUCAUCCUUUGGGGCAUCUUUGUUGGAAUCGCUACCUCCAAUACCACAGUCCAGUCCCACUAUUCCUAGCAUCACUGGUAUGCCCAGCAACCUCUCUUCCACAUCAGCCCUGAAUGGGGCAACUUCUGCUUUUGGCACUGGUGUUUCAAGCAUUGGGCAGCCUUCAUCGAAGUGUGAACCUCUUGAAGGCCCAGAGCCUCAACCUGAAAAGCUCAACCAUGAUUUGCUCUCAAAUUGCUCUAUGUAG